AUGGGCGAUACAGCCACGAUUGAUCGCGGCGACCGUGUAAAGCAGAUAUCCAGCAACAGUGUCCGCGUUGACGAAUUCAAACCUCGUGAAGUGAGAGCCGAACAGCAUGGCAAGAAACAGACGCUCCUCAGCUCCAUGCGCAAGCAUUUCCCGGCGGUGAUGUGGUGCCUCUACAUGCUAUGGUGCGUCUUAGCCAACAACUAUGCAAAGACCGCAGGUCAAUCGGUGCUGGGCAUUCCUCAAUUUCGGAAGGACUUUGGCAGUGCAUACCACGGCAACUAUGUGCUGUCUGCAGGAUGGCAGUCAGCGUAUUAUGGAGCCCCUCAAGCAGCGGCGGUGAUAGGAGCAUUGAGUGCAGCAUGGAUCGCAGACAAGAUGGGCCGCCGCAUUGGGCUCGCAUUGGCCUUCGCCAUUAGACUCAUUUCCAUAACACUCGAGUACAUCUCUACCACGAACGAAAUCUUCUUCGCUGGACGCUUCCUGGGCGGGUUUGCCACUGGAGGCACAAACUCACUGUGCAUGGCGUACAUUGGCGAGAUCACGCCCUUGGCGCUGCGUGGAGUGCUCACAGCUGCAGUACCGAUAUCGCUCAUCACCGGUGCUUUGUCCUCUGCGUUAGUGGUCAAUUUCACUGGCAACCAGGCCAAUCGUUGGGCUUACCGCAUUGCAUUUGUCUCCGGAUACGGCUAUAUGGGUAUCGCCGCCUUGAUACUGCCUUUCAUGCCCGAGUCACCUUGGUGGCUUGCCAGCCAUGGGAAGCCAGAAAAAGCAAAGGACACCCUAAGGAGGAUCGGAUACUCCAGCAGUGUCGAUGCCGAGAACAUGAUGGCAGAGAUCAAGCGAGUCCUGGCAAAGACGGAGGAAGAGACGUUAGGUGCCACGUAUAUCGAAUGCUUUCGUCGCUCGAACUUGCGCCGUACCAUCAUCGCAGCCAUGCCGUUGACUAUCCAAACCUUUUCCGGGGUGGCCUUCGUAGGCUCCUACAGCACGUACUAUCAACAGCUUGCGGGAUACAGUACUGCAGCCAGCUUCAGAUUGUUCAUUAUCCAGCAGAUACUGUCCGGUGCUGGAAAUAUCUGCGCCUGGUUUCUGGUGGACCGAGUCGGAAGGCGGAAUUUGACGCUAUGGGGCAUGGUUGUGCUAACCACUGUCCUUUUGAUUACUGGAGGUCUUGCUGUGUCAGCCACUCCUGCGGCCAUCAGGGGCACGAUCGCACUGAUCCAAGUAUUUUCCUUUGUGUACAACGCGACGAUUGGGGCCAGUGCAUUCACCAUUCUCACGGAAAUCCCCACUGCUCGAUUGAGGGCUAAGACAGCUUCCCUAUCUGUGGGGCUGCAAAGUACUCUGACCAUGCGGACGAUGUGGGGUUUUGUCCUCCCGUACUUGUUCAACCCGGAUAAAGCGAAUCUUGGGGCGAAAGUGACCUUCAUCUUUGGGGCGCUUUCCGUGCUUUCGAUUGUGUACCUUUGGCUGUGCCUGCCUGAGUCGGCAGGCCUGAGUUACGAGCGACUGGAUGAGCUGUUCAUAGGAAGGGUGAAGGCCACAAACUUCAAGGAUGAACGGCGAAGGAGUGGCUCAAUGCUGCAGGAAUCUACGGGUGAGAAGCCUGGCAUAGAUGUCUGA